ACGACCACUCAACGACUUACAGAUCCCACAAAAAAAUUCUCUGCAGCUUCUCAGUUUCUGUACAUUUCCAUGGCGGUCUGCUACGCCACACCCCAGCAUUCCUUUUCGCCUCUGUCUCUUUCCAAUUUCCUCCACCCGACCGUCUCCACCGCACCCAACUCCAUUCCAUGGUGCCAUUUUCGUCCUCUCCGUUCCAGAAAAGCUUCCAUUGCUUUCAAUGGUAUCUCUCGCGCCAUUUACGAACCCCGCUCUUCCCAGGAAUCUAGCAAACCCAUCUUCAAAGUCCCCUGUUCCAAUCGGAGGUUCUUGCCAAUGGAGUCUCCAGAAACUUCGCCUUCUUCCAGAGAAUUUCUUCUUCUGAAAUCGGCCGCUUCGGAUGGCGCUACCACUUCUCCCACUCUCUCUCAAAGUGUGUUUUCGGUAAUUCAUUUAGCUGUUUCUCUUGGAAUUAUUCUUGCGACUGAUAAGCUCUUGAAAAAGGCUUUUGUGGCUGCUGCGAUUAAGUUCCCCAGUGCGUUGUUUGGGAUGUUUUGUAUCUUCACUGUUUUGUUGGCUCUUGAUUCUACUGUUCCAUCGGCUGCUACUGGCGUUAUGAACUUCUUUGAACCGGCUCUCUUGUUUAUCCAGAGAUGGCUACCUCUGUUCUAUGUUCCAUCGUUGGUUAUUUUGCCUUUGUCUGUGAAGGACAUCCCUGCGGCAUCUGGGAUCAAAAUUUGCUUCAUAAUAGUUGUAGGCUGGCUAGCUACUCUAUGUGUUGCAGGAUAUAUGGCCAUAGCUGUUAGAAAUAUUGUAAAAACUGAAAUGACUGAUGCUGAGCCUAUGCAAAAACCAUCUCCCUUUUCUUCUGUUGAAGUUUGGAGCUGGACUGGAAUUUUUGUGGCAUCUUUUGUUGGUGCUUUAUUUUAUCCAACAGCACUAGGGACGAGCGCUCGAACGUUCCUUCCGUUCCUCCUUGCAUCGACGGUCUUGGGCUACAUUGUUGGUUCUAAAUUACCAGGCAGUGUGAAGACAGUUUUCCACCCAAUCAUCUGUUGUGCAGUCUCUGCUGAUCUUGCAGCACUGGCUUUUGGAUACUUUUCCCGCUCUGGGCUUGAUCCAAUUCUAGCUUCUUAUUUGACAAAAGCAUCAUCUAACCCUGGAGCUGGGGAUAUUCUAAUGGGAUUUUUGGGAUCUGUUAUCCUCUCCUUCGCCUUCUCCAUGUUCAAACAGAGAAAGCUCGUUAAAAGGCAUGCGGCUGAGAUCUUUACCUCUGUUAUUAUCUCAACUAUAUUCUCCUUGUACUCAACUGCUCUUAUUGGACGUUUCAUUGGACUAGAGCCUAACUUGACUGUUUCAAUCCUACCAAGAUGUAUAACUGUCGCCUUGGCACUCAGCAUUGUGACAUUUUUUGAAGGCACCAAUUCAUCUGUCACGGCUGCUGUAGUCGUUGUAACCGGUCUGGUCGGGGCAAAUUUUGUCCAAGCAGCCCUUGAUAAUCUGAAGUUUCGUGAUCCUAUCGCUCGGGGAAUUGCAACUGCUUCGAGUGCACACGGGCUCGGAACCGCAGCAUUAUCGGCCAAGGAACCCGAGGCUCUCCCGUUCUGCGCCAUAGCCUAUGCCUUGAAUGGAAUUUUUGGCUCUGUGCUUUGCUCACUUCCAUUAGUUAGGCAAAGCUUGAUUGCCAUCGCUGGCUGAUAUAAAGCCACUCUCUUGCUCACCGUCACUUGUAAGCAGUUUGGUAAAAGGAAAAUCAGGAAAGCAUGGACUUUGUAGUUUGUACAGGGAAGUACCGCUGAUUUUCAAGUUAAUUAUUAUUAUUUUUUUCUUCAACA